GUACUUAAUCUGUAAAUAUUGAACUUCCCUGCAGGUUGAAACUCUGUCGAGAGAGGACUUGGCUUCCAGAUUGAGUUUAACGGUUGAUGCUGCAUCAGUAGGACCACUUGUGCUUUCAGAUUCUUUAAUCACUAUAAUGGAUACGAACGAUUUCUGUGCAAUUUCUCAGCAACUUAAAGAUCAAGUGGUCGAAAGGUACCCUGGUGCCAGACUAGGGCUUCUCAAGACCGGUGGUGAUUUUCCUUUUCUUUCACGACCGGAUGAAGUAAAUCUUCAUCUUCAGUUACACUUAAGACGGGUGGGUGUUGACGCUCGACAAGACUUGGUCCGAGGCGUGCCGAAGGAUGGUCCUGGUGGAAGUUCAAGUGAACAAAACAGUAGAAAAGGAGAUCCUGAUGAUGCACCAGAGGAUGAUAAGAGGGACAUUGGUAGCUCCUCGAAUGAAAACGAACCACCUCUGACUCCAGAAGGUACAGAUUCUCAAAAUUUGGAGAGCACACCUCUUUUGCUGCACCUAGUCUCCGAUAAUGAGCAAACCAUAGCGUCGAAUAAAGUAUUGCCGAACUUGACAUUCGAGUUUAUCAUUCUCAGUUUGCUGCUUCUCUACCUUGAAACCUUGUACAAUGAUAGGAAGUGUCGGAAUUUAGACAGCUUGUGUAGAUGAACUUAUUUUCGUUUGUGACUAUCUUUCGUGUUCAGAAAUAAGAGCAACUUUGAUGGUGUUUCUGGCACUAAAAUAAACUCUUCACUGUUUUAUAUCA